CAUUUGACACCAUGUGUUGCGACAACAGAAGUGACAUUGAACUGUCAAGGGAGUCUCUAAAAAUGGAAGAAAAGCCUUCAGAAAUAUGGAAGAAAGUAAUGUACUUUUCAAAAAGGAAAAAUAUAACAAAGAAAUGGUGGGCUGAAUUCAAGAAAGUGUGGCACAUAGCAGGACCAGCUAUUAUAACUUCAGUGUCAGUAUUUUCUAUGGACUUAGUCACUGCUGCUUUUGUUGGACAACUUGGAAAUAUUGAACUUGCUGCAGUCUCUGAAGUUCAAAAUGUUCUAAUUGGCUUUGUACACGGAAUUAUGUUAGGAUUAGGAAGUGCACUCGAAACGCUAUGUGGUCAAGCAGUUGGGGCUGGAGAAUUCAACAUGCUUGGAAUUUACUUGCAAAGAUCAUGGAUUAUAAGUAUAGUUACAGCAUUGCUCUUGACACCGGCCUAUAUUUUCUCGUCGAAAAUACUGAAGCUCUUGCAUCAAGAUCCAAAUAUAUCUGAUCUAGCUGGUAAAUAUGCAGUUUGGAUAAUUCCUGAAAUAUUUGCAAGUGCAUUGAAUUAUCCUACAGAGAAGUUUCUUCAAGCUCAGAGCAAAGUUUGGUUCAUGGCUUUUAGUUCAAUGUUAACAUUGGCUUUUCAUGUGCUGUUGAAUUGGAUUUUUGUGACAAAGUUGGGUAUGGGACUUGUUGGUGCUGCUAUAGCUGGGAAUAUAUCUUACUGGAUUUUGGUUGUGGCUAAGAUUAUUUACAUUGUUUGUGGUUGGUUUCCUGAGGCAUGGACUGGUUUUUCAUUCUUGGCUUUCAAAUCAUUAACUAAAUUCUUGAAGCUCUCAAUUGCCUCAGCAGUAAUGUUAUGUUUAGAGGUAUGGUACUAUACAGCAGUGAUUUUAAUUGUAGGAGGCUUGAAAAAUGCUGCAAUUGCUGUUGACUCAAUAUCAAUAUGCAUGAAUUUGCAAGUAUGGACACUAAUGGUUGCCCUUGGUUUCAGUGUAUCAGCCAGUGUGAGAGUUUCAAAUGAACUAGGGGCUGGAAAUCCAAAAGCUGCAAAAUUCACAGUUGCAGUCAAUGUCUUGACAUCAGCAAUACUUGGAGUUGUUUUUUCAGUUAUCAUAUUGGCCACAAAAAGUCAGUUCCCAAGAAUGUUCUCAAAACAGCAAAAUGUUAUAAGUGAGACAUCCAAGUUGGGUGUUAUUCUUGCAUUAACCAUCUUCAUUAGCAGCAUCCAACCUGUUCUCCAUGGGGUUGCAAUUGGAGCUGGAUGGCAGUUUGUAGUGGCCAUAGUAAAUUUUGUAUGUUAUUAUGGUUUGGGACUGCCAAUAGGAGCAAUUCUUGGCUACAAAUUUAAUCUUGGUGUUCAGGGAGUCUGGUCUGCAAUGCUUGGUGGCAGCUUGCUUCAAACCAUCAUCCUCUUUGUUAUUAUUGGUCGCACGAAUUGGCACAAAGAGACACUUCAAGCUGAGGAGAGGGUGAGGACAUUUGGUGGCCAAAUGGAGAUUCAGCAAGGCUCAUGAGUAGUGGAUAUUUAAUCAUAUAAUACUGCCAUUUAUACUCAAUUUUGGGAGAAGUCAGCAGACUUUUCAAGUAAACUAAUUAAUCAUAUACUAGCUUCAAUUCUUUCCCCGAAACAGUGGAGGAAGUGUCAGUUUUAACUCUCGUUUUCUCUAUUGUUUGGGUAAACGUAAACAUAUAAAUUGGGUUAGACCUGGUUUCAU